AUGAACAACUUACUUCAGGAGUCGAUGGAUAAUAUAUUCAUUACAUCAGCGAGCAUCUUGGAUAAGUUGACUUACAAACUCACACCUGCGGCAAAGGAUACAGUGGUUCCUCAUAAUAAUGACGGUUUGCUGAGGCCCUUGACUGAAGUUCUUGGAGCUGAUUUUGAGAUUUACAAUCAAGUCUUGGAUAACUUUAAUUUAGAACUGCAAGAUACUGAGUAUGUUUUGAGCCAUCUGAAAAUCAAGAUUCGCAAGGAGGCAGAGUUCAGAAAGAAGAUGGAACAAGAGGCUCAGAUUCGUAGAGAAAAGGAAGAGAAGGAUAAACUAGAAGCUUUGAAAGUGAGAGAUGAGGAGAAAAAGAAAAGGAAAGAGCUUGAGGCUUCCGUUGUCGCUGCUGCUCAACAACAACAACAGCAACAGCAACAGCAACAACAGGAUAAAAUGGAUCAAUUUGAAAGCAACCCUGACGAUCUAGUCUUGAACUUGGAUCUUGACAACUUUAAUUUCGGUCAACAGGACCACUCAGAACCGGGAAAUGAUUUACUUGGAUUUGACGAUGGUUCGUUGGUUGAUAAAGAGAGUCAGAAUCGUGAGUCUGUGCAAGGACAGCUGCAGAUACAGCAGAACCAGGAGCGCCAACGGAACCAGGAGAGCCAACAGAAGAAACAGCAAGAGCAACUAUAUCAGGAAAACCCCUCUCAAUCGAGUGCUCAAAUGCUACAGUCUGCUUCUGGUAACAGUGGUGCCGAUAAUAGCAUGGAUAUGUUGAAUGAUCUCAACUUGGAUUUCCUGGAUAAUGGAGAGUUUAACCAACAAAAUAAUCAAAGCACGGGUAAUGAUGACCUUGGAUUUGGAUCUGGUAAUGGCGAUCUUAGCAUGCUAUCAGGACUUGAUGGUAUGGACACCGAAAUGGAUACUGGAAUGGACACUUCCAAUAAUAACAACGCUAACAAUGGUGGUGGUGGCUUUGACGACGAUAGGUCAUUACUGGCCCCUGAUCAGAUGGAGCAUUUGUUCUCUCAGUUUGAUGAACUGGUUGGGGGAGAUGGAAAUAUGUAG